UUCACGUGACCGCCCAAUCGGCGUCGUCGCGCGUAACAGUUGCAGUGAAGAUGGCGGAGAGCGCGGUACCCAGUGAUCUCUACCAACACGUUUACACGUUUCUUUUAGAGAACAAGUUCAGCAAAGCCGCCAAGGAGUUUCUAAAGCAAGCUAAAGUCAAACCUCAGGACCAAAAUGAAGAAGGACUCGUAGACAUCUUCAGUUUUUGGGUUAAGUCACGGGGGGCUACAAAACGGAAAGCGCUCCCCAAAAGUCCUGAGGUUAAUGGACCGUGUGCGAAGAAGGCAAAGAAGGAUGCGGAGAGUUCCAGUGAAGAGGACUCAAGCAGUGAUGAGGAAGAUGCAGCACCUGUCAAGAAACAAGCUCCAGCUGCACCAGCAGUGAAAAAGGCGGCAGCUGCAGUGCCGGCGAAGAAGGCAGCAGAGUCCAGCAGCAGUGAAGACUCCAGUGACUCUGAAGAUGAAGCCACCACUAAAGCCCCAGUAAAGAAAGUCACAGCUGUGAAGCCUGCAGCUUCCCCUGCUGCAGCAGCAGCCAGGAAGAAGGACACCAGCUCCAGCAGUGAGGAGUCUGACUCGGAGGAAGAACCAGCCAAGCCUGCAGCUACAGGAGCCAAGCCUACGACCCCUAAAGCCACGGCUGCUCCUAAAGCCCCAGCUCAGAAGAAGCAGGAGAGCAGCAGCAGUGAGGAAAGCUCAAGUGACUCUGAAGACGAGGCUCCAGCAAAGGCACCUGUAAAAGCCGCUGCCCCGAAAAAGGUUCCAGCUCCGGCCAAAGCCGCCAGCAGCAGCAGCAGCGAGGACGACUCUUCAGAUGAGGAGGAGGAGGAGAAGAAGGCUCCACCCAGUAAGAAACCCAAAGCAGGUACAUACAGUGCAGUUCCUCCACCUGUGGCUCAGAGUGCUCCUGCUCCAGCAGCUAAAAAGGACUCAUCAGACAGCAGUGAAGAGAGCAGUGAUGAGGAGGAAGAAAAGAAAGCCCCUGCACCUACAAAGACGGUGAAUCCCAAACCUGUGGCUAAGAAAGAUGAGUCGAGUUCAGACAGCUCUGAUUCAAGCUCAGAGGAUGAAGCAGGGAAACCAGCUGCCAAAGCUCCUCCACCUAAAGCAGCUUCCUCUAAAGCCCCAGCUGUUACCAAGAAGACCGCAGCAGCUCCUGCGAAGGAGGAAGACGAUUCUUCGUCGAGCUCCGAGGAUGACGAAGAAGAGGCAAAGAAGCCGGCCACCAAGGCAACACCGGCAAAGACUGUCCCAGCUGCCAAGGCCACCCCUGCUAAGAAGGAAGAUUCCUCCUCAUCCUCUAGCUCUGAGGAUUCAGAUGAUGAAGAAGAGAAACCAACAACAAAAGCUAAGGCCACUCCGGCUAAGGCCACUCCGGCUAAGGCCACUCCGGCUAAGGCCACUCCGGCUAAGGCUAAGGCCGCGGAAGAGUCGUCCUCUUCCAGUUCGGAGGAGUCUGAUGAUGAGGAUGAUAAAGCCAAACCGACUGCUAAAUCCAUCCCAGUUAAGACUCCACCAGCAAAGGCUACACCUGCAAAGAAAGCACCUGCAAAGAAAGCCGAGUCCUCAAGCUCAGACUCUGAUAGCUCCGAAGAUGAGGCUCCUGCCAAACCUGCACCUCAAACACAGAAAACCACGCCCAAACCAGCGGCCACUCCUAAAACUGCAGCUACACCCAAGACUCCAUCCAAGCCUGCGGAGAGCAGCUCGGACUCGGACAGCUCUUCCGAUGAAGAGGAGCCUCCGAAGAAAGCGGCCGCCCCUCCCGCAGCUAAAGCAGCACCGCCCAAACCUCAGCCAGCCAAGAGCAGCUCGAGCUCAGACAGCUCCGACUCUGAAGACGAGGCCCCUGCAGCUAAAAAGGCUAAACCUGCAUCUUCCACAGCAAGCUCCACCCCUACUGCUAAAGCCAAACCCACCGCGUCCAAAGCCACACCCACAGCAUCUAAACCCGCAGCCGAGUCCAGCAGCAGUGACUCGGACAGCUCCAGCGACGAAGACGAGAAGACUAAAGGGAAACCUGCUGCCACAGCUAAGCCUGCUGUGACUCCAACAAGCAAAAAGAAGGCUGAGAGCAGCAGCUCCGACUCUUCAGACAGCUCAGAUUCAGAGGAUGAAGCCCCAAAAACAACGCCGUCCAAACCUACUGUGACCAAAGCAACAACUCCUAAAACCCCAACAGCAAAAACUCCAGUCUCAAAGGCUGCAGAGUCGUCAUCAAGCGAAGACAGCUCAGAUGAUGAAGAGAAGACAACCAAAGCACCAGUAAAAACCACACCUGCUGCAAAAAGCACACCCGCUUCUGCAGCAAAGCCGAAGCCCGAGAGCAGCUCGUCAGAGAGCUCUUCAUCUGAGGAAGAGGAGGAGGUGAAGACUCCCAAGACUCCAACUGCUACUCCAGCAAACGGUACUGGCGGCAAAAGAAAGAGGGCAGAGGAGGACGAGGAGGAGGAGGACGACGAAGAGGAAGCUUCGAAGAAAACACCCAAAAACAAAAAGCCUGUAAACGUCACACCUCAUUCCUUCCCCAAGGCCAAACAGAAGAAUGGCAAUACUCCUUUCCGUAGAAUAAGAGAGGAGGAGAUUAAGGUAGACCCACGUCUGUCAGACAAUUCCUUCGUAGCCAAGUUGGGAGCGACUGGAGAUUGGGGCGAGAAGGCUAACGACGUGCUUAAGUACACCAAAGGCAAGUCCUUCAGGCACGAAAAGACGAAAAAGAAGCGCGGCAGCUACAGGGGAGGCGCCAUCUCGACCACAGUCAACUCCAUCAAAUUUGACAGUGACUGAGAGCCCAACCCCGCGCUUCAUUCAUCUACCUGGACUGAUUUUCUCCGUCUGACACUGUGGUGUCGUAUUCUAGGAUCUGGCCACCCAGACCCCUGCAGUGUGUUAGUGCUGUACUCAGGUCAUUAUGAAUAAUGAGCCAGCAACGCCUUGAGCAGAGACACAGCCUUGUCAGUUGCAGUUUCUUUUCUUAGCCACUAGGUGGUGACCUCGUUUCGCUCAUGUCUUCUACUUCAUUUAUCCUUUCAUUUGUACAAUUUUCUCUCUUGUCAGAUUUGUAUUGCAUCAGAGGCCUGGUCUCAUGAGUUUGUUUGGAAUUAGUUUUUUCUUCUUUUUUUAUUGAGCUAAUGAAGCGGUUGUAUUCAAUUCCUCAUUCAGGACAUUAAAUGGAUGAAUGGUUUCUUUUAUCUCUGUUAAAAGUUGAUGUUGAAUGGUGUGAGGAUUGCUAAACUAAUCGGUUCUAUAUUAAUUAUAAUUAAACUAGAUAUCUCGUACGAAUAGGAAGCUGCUGUUAACAGCACUCGCAUCGUUCAUACCGUGGCAAUUUCAGUUUCUGUUUCUUAUUUAACAGUUGUACUGGUUUCGUCCCAGUUCAUGUAUUCAUUAAACUGUUUGUAAUUAAAACCUGACCCAAUCUUAA